GGAAGAUCCAUAGAGAAAUUCCAAAUAUUACCGGUCAUUCCCCAAGCAACUCCAUCGCAACUACUGCAGUGAGCUUCAUCAUCAAGUUGCGCUUAUUCAGCACCAGAGUUUAUACUGUGUUGAGCCUUAGGUACCUAUCUAGGUAUAUUUAAACAGACGAGAUAGACCUAAGACCUGCCUGAUCUCUACUUAUUACUCAAAGUCACAUAAAAUUCCACGUUCAACUAUUUCUCAUUAUGGCACAAGAAACACCUUAUUAUACUCUGGCAGAGGGUACUCCUAUGUCAAGAAAUGAUACCUCAGUUCAGAUACGCACUGGUGGUGGCGGUGGUGGUUUCGUCCUACUUACAUCGACACAGCUGAUCGAGAAUCUAGCACACUUUUCUCGGGAAAGAAUCCCCGAAAGAGUUGUCCAUGCUAAAGCUGGAGGAGCGAGAGGGUACUUCGAAGUCACGGAUGAUAUCUCGGAUCUUACUGACGCUGAUUUCCUAACUGGCAUCGGCAAGAAGACUGAGUGCCUUGUUCGUAUUUCCACUGUUGCCCCUGAAAGAGGCUCGGCGGAUAGUGUAAGGGACUUUAGGGGUUUUGCUAUGAAGUUCAAGACUGCGGAAGGAAACCAAGACUUUGUGUUCAACAACCAGCCAGUAUUCUUCGUUCGCGACCCGAUCAAGUUCCCUUCCUUGAAUCGUAGCCACAAGCGCGACCCAAGCACUGAGAUUGCCAGUUCGGAUAUGUUCUGGGACUUCCACAUCCACAACCAAGAAAGCAUCCACGCAUUGAUGUUCCUCUUCGGGGACAGAGGAAUCCCUGCUUCCCUCCGACACGUAAACGCUUAUAGCCAAAACACCUAUAAGUUCAACAAAGCCGAUGGCUCAUACUGUUACGUGCGCAUCCAAUUCCUAACGAACCAAGGGAUCCACUACUUCACAGAGGAAGAAGGCGCCAUACUAGCCGGCACCGAACCCGACCGAAACCUCGAAGACCUCCAAACCGCAAUCCGAGCAGGGGACUUCCCCUCAUGGGACAUGUACGUGCAAGCCAUCCACCCCUCCGACAUGGCCUCCGCCCCAAUCGACAUCUUCGACCCGACCAAAACCUGGCCCUUAGGCAAAUACCCGCGCCGCCGAGUCGGGCGCAUGACGCUCGACAAGAACCCGACAAACUGGUUCGCGGAAAUCGAGCAGUCCGCGUUCAGCCCGAGCACCAUGGUCCCCGGCAUCGACGCAAGCCCCGACCCGCUGCUCCAGGCGCGCAUGUUCGCGUACCCCGACGCGGCGCGCUACCGGCUCGGCGCAAACUACCAGUUCCUCCCUACCAACGCGCCGAAGAGCGCGGUGUACUGCCCCAUCGAACGCGACGGCGCGAUGAACUUCACGGGGAAUUAUGGCGGGGAGCCGAAUUAUAUCGGUGCGAGGAUUAGGCCGACGAGGUUUUUGCAGAGGGGACAGGAUAGGAAGGUUCAACCGCAGCGGGUUGGGAGCCUGGAUACGGCUUUGGAGGGGAAUGCGGCGCCGGUUGUAUUCUCCUCGGAGGUGACGGAUAGAGACUUCGAGCAGCCGGCGGCGUUGUGGCGGAUAUUAGCGGGCCAGGAGGGCGCGCAGGAGAGGUUCGUGGGGAAUGUGGCUGCUCACCUUAGUGGUGCGCAGACGGGGUGGAUUCGGGAGGGGGCUUAUGCGAUGUUCAGACGAGUCGACGAGGAGCUAGGGAAGAUGGUGGAGGCUGCGACGGAGGCGGCUGUCGCGGGUAAGCUCGCGAAGAAUCUGCAUAAGAUGGCCUGGCACUGAGUCAGGGGCUUCAGCUGGACUUGGCUUGUAAGGACGGAGAUGCUGGAGGUUGGCGUGGUACAGAGAUAGACGAGAUUAAGCCGGAGAUGGACGGAGAUAUUUGAAUCACU